GCUGCCACCUUUUACACCCUGCCCUGCCAGUCAGAUCGGCGACACGCGUGCCGCACACCAGCUCGCUGAGGCAUACACACAAGCCAAUUUUCGGGCGCGUUAUGCGUAAUUGUGUGUACUCGUAGAUACUUAGCUGUAUGGCUUAACGUGUACUCUGUAUCUGUCGAAGUGCGGCUUGCUUGUGUGAGCAAGAAAACGCGCAUGGCACAGUAGUGCAUGGAAAAUAUGCAACUUUUAUCGAUCCCUUCAUUCACUUCAGCAAAUGGAGCAUUAUUUUCCUGUGUAGUCGCCAGUUGGCUCGUUCGCUUGAUGAAAACAAUCACUUCAUUAGUCAUUUUGAUUUCGUCAUGUUGUAGAUAAUUAAAAGUUCGGAAUGGAUCCCCUCCCGCCGUCAUUUUCGGAUCGGUGUCUGGAUUUCUGUAUGAAGUUUUACAACCACAUAGCAGACCGCGGGUGUUACAGCUCAGCAGCGGGCAAUCUAUUAUUUUCUCCAUUAUGUGCGGAAGUCGCUCUGUCGAUGGCAUGUCUUGGUGCGAGAGGUAUCACGCGAGAAGAAAUUCUUUCCGUGCUGGAACGACAAAAAGGCUCAGCACUGGACGCCACGCAUCAAACCCUGAUGCAUCUGAAGCAGAACGAGGAACUUCUCCGAUCAGAUUAUAUUCGCCCAGCUGUCAACUACAAGCUCUUCCUUUCCUCGGGACUGUUUGUCGCAGAGCAGUAUCCGAUCAAAGAAUGUUUCGUCGACGAAGCGAAGCGGCUAUUCGAUGCAGUCUGUCGUAGUGUUCAGUUUGCAGAACACCCUGACGAAGCGGCAUUAGUAAUAAAUGGAUUUGUUAAUGAGCAAACAUGUGGAACCAUCGAUAAUCUGAUAGCAGCCGCCGAUUUCUCCCGCUUUACUCGAAUGGUUUCGGUAAAUGCUUUAUACUUCAAAGCGAAUUGGCACCACCAGUUUUUGGAGGAGAAUACCACGAAAAAGCCGUUUAUGACGGCGCGUGGUGACACAGUGAUGGUGGAGACAAUGCACGCCACCAUGCCGUGCCAGUAUUACAAGAGCAAAGAAUUAAACGGAGCCAAGUUCUUGCAAGUACCCUAUGUCGAAGAAUGUUGCCAUGCUUACUUUAUUCUGCCGGGAAAGAAGAAACGAUUUUCCCGGGGGUCAUCCAGUUCAUCUCUAACCAAUUUGCAACGCUCUCUGACUCCGGCAAAAUUGCAAAACGCAAUGCAAAGCUUGCGGCCGGUCUGGUAUGGAACCAUCCAGCUACCCAAGUUUUGUAUACAAGAGGGUGUCAACAUGGAGAGCAUGCUGCAGGACCUCGGUAUGACAGCAGCCUUUGAAAAAGAUCUAGCGGAUUUUACGGGGAUAUCGGAUAGCAAUCUGUACAUCAGCAAGACUAUGCAAAAGUCUUAUAUCAAUGUCAAUGAAAAAGGAACGGAAGCGUCCGCAGCAGUGCAGAUGACCUUUGUGGACGCUUGUUUACCUCCCGAUACCAAGUGUAAAUUCAUUGCUGACCGGCCGUUUAUGUUCAUGAUACGCCACGAGGCCAGCGACGCUGUGCUCUUUAUUGGACACGUUGCUGAUCCGUCGGACUACAAAUCCUAAAUUUGGUUGAGGUGUCCCCCGGGCGAAAUCAUUGGCUCCUUCUGCCUUCUUGGCUUCCAGAUCUUCGACCCAUGAGCAGUGUUGAUUGCUGGCGGACAGAACGAAGAAUACGGGCAGCGUGUGCAAAAUACACGGGAGCACGGUUAAAUGCUUUGCCUGCAAAACAUAUUUGGAAACUGGUUGGACGAUCAGUCCUUUCGCAAAGCUGUUGGCUUAGCUGGGCGUUAACAUCGUUGAGGCUCAUGCCUGUGUGAGAUGUGGAAAGGGCACUAAAAAAUCCUUAAUGCCUUUAUGGGUUGUAAUGUAAAAAGAGCAGCGGCAGAAAAGAGCGCCAUAACGUGAUAAACGAUAUUGUCCUACGAACACUGUGUAACGCUGGCACUGAAUUUUAUCCGGAGCAUGUUGGCUUUGACCGCACCGGCGGGGCGCCCGGGCGGAGCGACACGAUGGAAGUAAUUGGUUUGGGAUGCUACGUGUCGUGAUACCACCAUUCGAGCGACUUCGAAGAAUGCAGACGCGGCAGCCGAACAAGCGUUUUUGGAAAGAACAAGAAAUAUACGGCACGUCUUUUGUUAAUCGUUGUUAUUUUGUUCCUUUGGCUUGUGAGUUGUAAGACGUUUGGUGUUUGGUGCAACGGAUAUGUUGAUCUGUUGAAGGAAAUCGGCAGAAAACUGUAUAAUCUAACGGGAGAAAGCUGCUCCAUCGGUUUUCUUAUCCAACGAUUAGGUCUUGAAAUUCAACGCGGUAAUGCUUAGAGCGUUUCGGGAACAGUUCCGUCGCAUUUUAAUUGGAAAGGAUUCUUCAGUUAGAUCAUGUGAACGCAAGGCUUUCCCGUUUGUCAAACAUAUUGAUUAAAGUUAUCGUUA